CCCCUCUUUUCUAAACAGCUGCUCUUGAUUCCGACUCGGAGUCAAGUCAAUCGUCGAUCUAUUUAUUUGCACAAAUUCUAUAGAUUUUCCUGAAAAAUGCUGUCCGCAGUGCUUAAAGAGCACCAAGCGAGGCAACAGGGCCGAAAGGAACAACAAGAGCUGAAAAGGAAGGAAGCUAUAAAAGCCUCUAAUGACCUGACUCAGGCACUUGUCGACCACCUCAAUGUUGGGGUGGCGCAGGCUUACCUGAACCAGAAGAGACUGGACACUGAGGCAAAGCACCUGCACCACAACGCAACCACCUUUGCCAAGCAGACGCAGCAGUGGUUCCUGCUGGUGCAGAACUUCAGCAGCGCGCUCAAGGAGAUUGGAGACGUCGAGAACUGGGCAAAGAGCAUCGAGGGCGAUAUGCGACUUGUGUCCAGCUCGGUCGAGUACGCCUACAAGGGUGUGUUCGAAGAUGAAUGAAUGGGUGAAUCUCCAACCGGAUGGGUUGAGUUUUUGUUUGUUUGGCUGCGAAAAGGCCCACUGUGAAUUUUGGCUGUGCCUGAUUAUUUUUUAUUUCAGUUUUUUUCGUGCCCGAUCUGAAUUUGUGGCUAUUUUAAUUUUGCUACAUUUAUGUUUGAUAUAACUUUGGAGUUUCAAUAUUAAGAUUAAAUUCUGACAAAAAUUAUUUUUUACUGAAACUGGAGACAUUAAAGAAGUAGAAACAAUAACAAUAAUUGUUAUCUUUCGUUUUUGCUGAAAUCUGUGCUAGAAAACGAAUAAAAAGAUCUCUUGAACUCAA